GCCACUAGAGGUGCCAGCUGUUUGGAACUGAAACAUGACAGAAGGGGAAGUGGAGAGUGAGGGCCAGGCCCCUUGGGCACUGAUGGCCAGAGGACUGCUGAAUCUGUACUGGGUGCUCAGCUGGCUCUGUGUGCUGCUGAUGGUGGAGACAGUGUCGGGGGCCGGGGGCCCAUCUGCAGGGACCCGCAUUAGCUUCCAGUUUCCAGCCUCGGGUGUGAACCAGAGCCCCGUGGUAGACUGUCGAGAAGUGUGUGGCCUGAAUGCCUCUAACCGCUGUGAUUUCGUCCGCUCCAACCCUGACUGCCGCAGUGAAGGGGGCUACCUGGACUACCUCGAAGGCAUCUUCUGCUGCUUCCCACCCGACCUCCUCCCUCUGGCCGUCACUCUCUACGCUUUUUGGCUGCUCUACCUGUUUCUGAUUCUGGGAGUCACCGCGGCAAAGUUUUUCUGCCCUAACUUGUCAGCCAUUUCGACCACACUCAAGCUUUCCCACAAUGUGGCAGGCGUCACCUUCCUGGCGUUUGGGAACGGGGCACCGGAUAUCUUCAGCGCCCUGGUGGCCUUCUCAGGUCCGCGCACAGCCGGCCUGGCCUUUGGGGCACUGUUUGGCGCAGGCGUGCUGGUUACCACUGUGGUGGCCGGUGGCAUCGCCAUCCUGCACCCCUUCACAGCAGCCUCGAGGCCCUUCCUCAGGGACAUCAUUUUCUACAUGGUGGCCGUGUUUCUGAUCUUCACUGCACUCUACCGCGGCAGGGUCACGCUGGCAUGGGCCCUGGGUUACCUGGGCUUCUACGUGUUCUACGUGGUCACUGUGGUUCUCUGCACCUGGAUCUACCAAUGGCAGCGGAGGAGAUCCUUGGUCUACUCUGUGCCGGGCACUCCAGAGAUGCUCUCAGGUUCUGAGGAGGAUCGGGUGUCUUCUAAUACCAACAGCUAUGACUACAGUGAGGAGUACCGGCCACUGCUCUUCUGCCAGGAGACCACGGCUCAGAUCCUGUUGCAGGCCCUCAACCCCCUGAAUUACAGGAAGUGGAGGACCAAGCCGGUGUACUGGAGGGCCCUCAAGGUGUUCAAGCUGCCCGUGGAGUUCCUGCUGCUCCUCACUGUUCCCGUCAUGGACCCCGACAAGGAGGAUGGGAACUGGAAACGGCCCCUCAACUGCCUGCACCUGGUCAUCAGCCCCCUGUUCUUGGUCCUGACCCUGCAGUCGGGGGCCUAUGGCGUCUAUGAGAUAGGUGGCCUCUUUCCUGUCUGGGCCGUGGUGGUGAUCGCAGGCACAGCCUUGGCUGCAGUGACCUUUUUUGCCACAUCCAACAGUGAGCCCCCCAGGCUUCACUGGCUCUUUGCUUUCCUGGGCUUCCUGACCAGCGCCCUGUGGAUCAACGCAGCUGCCACGGAGGUGGUGAACAUCUUACGGUCCCUGGGUGUGGUCUUCCGGCUGAGCAACACUGUCCUCGGGCUCACGCUGCUGGCCUGGGGGAACAGCAUUGGAGAUGUCUUCUCAGAUCUCACGCUGGCCCGCCAGGGCUACCCACGGAUGGCGUUCUCGGCCUGUUUUGGUGGCAUCAUCUUCAAUAUCCUGGUGGGCGUGGGGCUGGGCUGCCUGCUCCAGAUCUCCAGGAGCCACGUGGCAGUGGAGCUGGAGCCUGAUGGACUGUUGGUGUGGGUCUUGGCUGGCACCCUAGGCCUCAGCCUCGUCUGUUCCCUGGUCUCGGUCCCACUGCAAUGCUUCCAGCUGAACAGAGUUUACGGCUGCUGCCUGCUGCUCUUGUACUUGACCUUCCUCCUGGUGGCCCUGCUCACUGAAUUUGGAGUGAUUCACUUGAAAACUGUGUGAGUGAAGC